AUGACACAUUCUAAAUCACUUCAAUUUAUAAAAAUCUGUCGUAAGCAUCAUAAACUUUCUAAUCGACGAAAUUUGUUGAAUCAAGUUAUGGAAAAUUUUUAUGAUGUAUUACGAAAAAUAGACAUGGACCAAUAUAAUGAAUCAGCAAAAUUUUGGAUGUUGGAAUACGAACAAUAUAGAAAAAAA